UGUAUUGAUCCACCAAAAUAUAUAAAAGCAAAACAAAAAAUCCUAUUUCAACAACAAAAAUAUCAAUCAUCUUCCAGUUCCUUUGCGAUUCUUCAUUUUCCUUCCUCGUAUGAACACAGACACACAGAGGAGAAUAGAGAUUCUGAAUGGAUAACAUACCUGAGCAUCUAGUAUGGGAGAUAUUGAGUCGGAUAAAGAAAACCAGUGACAGAAAUUCGGUUUCCUUAGUUUGUAAACGACUUUACAAUUUGGAUAAUGGACAGAGGAAUUCUCUUAAGGUUGGAUGUGGGAUGGAUCCUGCAGAUGAAGCUUUGACCUGUUUAUGCACUAGGUUUCUCAACUUGUCGAAAGUCGAGAUCACAUACUCUGGUUGGAUGUCAAAGCUAGGGAGACAAUUGGAUGACAAGGGUCUUCUCAUUCUUGCGAAUCACUGCCCUGUGCUCUCUGAUCUUUCCUUGAGCUACUGCACUUUUAUCACCGAUGUCGGUCUCCGGCACUUGGCGUCUUCUUCCAAAUUGUCGUCUUUGAGGUUGAAUUUCUCACCGAGAAUCACUGGUUGUGGCAUAUUGUCUCUUGUUGUUGGUUGCAAAAACCUCACCAGGCUUCACCUUAUCAGAUGCCUCAAUGUGAGCAGUGUGGAGUGGCUUGAGUACCUUGGGCGGCUUGGGACGCUUGAGGAUCUCUCGAUUAAGAACUGCAGAGCUAUCGGUGAAGGUGACUUGAUUAAGCUAGGCCCUGGUUGGCAAAAGCUCAAAAGGUUGCAAUUUGAAGUCGAUGCUAAUUACCGGUACAUGAAAGUUUAUGAUCGGUUAUCUGUAGAUAGGUGGCAAAAGCAGCCUGUCCCGUGUGAAAAUGUGCUCGAGCUAAGCCUGGUGAAUUGCAUCAUCAGUCCUGGGAGAGGGCUUGCUUGUGUAAUGGGGAAGUGCAAGAACCUGGAAAAAAUCCACCUAGACAUGUGUGUUGGGGUUAGGGACUUUGACAUUAUUUGUUUGUCGAAAAGAUCAAGUGGCCUUCGAUCAGUUUCAUUUAGAGUUCCAUCUGAUUUUUCACUUCCUUCCUUAAUGAAUAAUCCAUUGAGGUUAACAGAUGAGAGUCUGAAAGCCUUAGCUCAAAACUGCUCGAAGCUUGAAUCAGUGAGGAUAUCUUUCUCUGAUGGGGAGUUCCCCUCAUCAUCCUCAUUCACAUUAAGUGGAAUACUUUGUUUGAUUCAGAAGUGUCCAGUUCGUGAGCUCUCUCUUGAUCAUGUUUAUUCCUUCAAUGAUGUUGGAAUGGAAGCUCUUUGCGCGGCAGAAUAUCUUGAAUCUCUUGAACUUGUGAGGUGCCAAGAGAUUAGUGAUGAGGGGCUGCAGCUUGUGAGCCAGUUUCAUCGGCUAUGUAGUUUAAGGUUAAGCAAGUGUUUGGGGAUAUCAGAUGAUGGAUUAAAGCCACUUGUUGGAUCAUUCAAGUUAGAUUUCUUGGCCGUUGAAGAUUGUCCUCAGAUUUCUGAAAGAGGUGUCCAAGGAGCUGCAAAGUCUGUAUCUUUCAGGCAAGAUUUAUCGUGGAUGUACUAAACUACUAGGUUUGAUGAACAAGGUGAAGUCCAGGGGUUUUGUUACAAGCUUACAUGGAUUCUUGAUUAUCCACAAUGCUUCUCUAUUUCUUUAUGUUGUAUAUCAUACACACAUAAGCUUUUUUUGUUGUAUUUGUUUUGUAAAUCUUGUUAUAAAUUAAAUAAAUCUAUAGCAACAUGUGAUGUGAAUUACAUUA